AUGGCAGCUGCCCAAGUAAAAAAUGAGAAGAUAGGAAAUCCUAAAAGUAAUAGAAGAAGAAGAAAGAAGAGAAGAACUGAAGAUUUUUCGUCUGAUUCAGAAUCGUCAUCAUCAUCAUCUUCUGAUGAAUCUAUGGAUGAUGCUACUGAGGAAGCAAAGCCUAUAAAAGAAAUAAAAGGCAUAAACAUAGAUGAUAUCGAUAUUACCUCUGAUGAAGAGGGUGAUGUUAGUUCGCAAAAUAAGCAAAACCAGUUACGUCCCGAACCGUUGACUAAUGAAACACAUGAAAAGUUAUCCAAUAUAAAGCUUACAACUAGUAAAUUAACAAGUGUCGGUGGCAGUUCCAAGAAUAGCAAUAUCGAUAUCAAUCAAGUGAAGAAAACAUUAUCUAAAGAUAAAGAUCAAUUAAAUAAUGAAUAUUUAAUGUUGAUGGCUUCAAGCUUUAGUAAUGACUUAGAUGAGUUGAGAAAGAAGCCAGAUUUCACGGAUAAAUCAUUGGUAAUGUUAGCGAAGACCUUGCAAUCAGGAAGUAAUAUGUUUGACGAAGAUACUUUGAAUGCAAUCCUUGAGAAGUAG